UUCGAUGUGAGGUCCUUGUCGCCUGUUUACGUCCACGGUGGGCCGAGCGCGCGUCGUCCACGCCGUCGCAUUCGGUUCAAUAGGAGGGCCUUGUCGCUUGUAACCGACAGGAGGCCCAGCACGCUUCUCCCACCCCGUAUCGCUGCGCUCUGGGUGGACAACAGCUUCAGCACGCUUGUUCAUGCGGAUUGCGCCGCCGUUGCGUGCUGUGGCCGUGGAAGGCCGCGGCACCGGGGAGAAGGUGAUGAGCGAGAUUUGCGUGAGGGUGGACCACCAUUCUGAGUCGGCGGUCUGGAGUGGAGGGAAUUCUGUGGGUGUAGGCGUCUCGAUAGGUGUAUCCGAUGAUAUGGGAGUCAAAGUCCAUGUGGAAGCCUCGGUCGAUGUGGGAGUAUGUGUUAUUGAAGACGUUGAAGCCGGUGUGUCUGUCGAUAUGGAAGUCAAAGUCCGCGUCGAGGUUUCCGACGUCGUGGGAGUUUCGGUCGACGUGGAUGUUCCUGUUGGUGCGGGAGUCUCCGUUGAUGUGAGGGCUUCUGUCGAUGUAAGACUAUCCGUUGGAGUGGAACUCUCUGUUGAAGUCGGGUCCUCAGUGGAUGUGGCAGUCUCUAUCGAUGUAAGAAUCUCCGUCAAAGUGACACUUUCGAUCGAUGUGAUAGUCUCCGUCAGCGUGGAACUCUCCGUCAAUGUUGGUGUCGCCGUGGACGUGGGAGACUCUCUGGUCGUGCUGGACGUACUCGAGCAAUCACACGGGCAUGCCUCUGUGUUGGAGCCUGCCGCGGGGUUUGUGAUUACCGAAGUCUGGGACGAGAUAGUGGGCAGAACCGGCGUCGCAGUUGUAUAAGCCAGAUUUGACGUGGCAGACGUCAAGUUGCCGUU